ACAUAUUUCCCUCCAAUCGUGUAAUGUAAAUCAUUUGUCAAAGAAUUUGUGAAUAAAUAAUUUCAUUAUUACCUGUGGCGGCCUUGAUUUCAAUGUCACCUUGUGGCACGGUCAAGCAAUUUAGAAAACAUUCAGAAUAAGCACAUCCAACGUGCCUGAAGGUGCCACCACACUUGAAGGCAUCAGAGAGAGCUGUAAGAAAUACUGGUGUGGAGAGCCAUUAAUCAAAGUGAAUGAGCAGUCACUCAAAACGUGAUGGAAAUCUCACCAUUGACAUACAUGAAAUAAAAGGCAGAUUCAUCUUAAACAGUAAUCCUGUAGUCACGUCACCACACCAGUGAACACAGUACAAUAAAACACAAAAACUAAUAGUUAAUUGAAACACCAAACAAUGUUUAAUAACAAAUACUGCAUGCCUGUAUUCACAUCAAAUUGCAAAAUGUAUUAUAAAAAGAUUUGGACUUACUUCUCUACCUACAAGGCCACAAGAGCCAUUGGAAUAACACUUUUGUGACUGUAUCUGUAUCCCUCCACCUCUCUAACAUCACCUCAGCUGUUUAUUCAGCACCUUUUUGUUUUCUUCACUUUUACAUAUUAUAUAUGGUUGUGCCGUGACCUAGUUGAGACAAAUUCCAGGCAGAGGAGGAAAAAAAAGGCUCAAAAUGUCAGAGUGUUACAUCCAGCACAUUCUCUUCCUUCUUCUCAAUCCUUUCAAAGGAGCAAUCAUAGAUUUAUAUAGUCCGUGAGAGGUGAGGAAAUCAAGUGUAAGAUCCCUUUGGAACAAAGGAAACCCCAUUUAGGCCAUUCAGUCCUGUGCUAAGGAAAAUGGCUGCCGAGCUCACGGCCCCUGUCUCUGCUCUGUGGUGAGCGAGUCCUGCGCCGCGCCUCUAAUAGCAGUCGGCUCCUCUGCCGCCUGCGCGCUGAUUGGUCCGCCGAGCUGCUGCUGUUAACCAGCCAAAUGCCCGACCACUGCAAAAACACCAACAAUUUCAGACAAAAACGCGUUUAUCCUUGCCUUUCAAAUUACACGCAAAACCUCAAAAUAGGGCGAUUUAAAGAAUGUUCGUAAAAACUAGAAAUGAACGGCGGUUUGGCACUAUUUUAGUUCACAGUCGAAGGGAUUUAUUUACAUUAUUGUAACGAGGAAGUGCAGAUAGUUUCCGAUGCUUCUCUGACCGACGCGUAUUGUUAUUAGAUACGCUUAUGAUCUAAAAACAGCGAUCGGCGUACACUCGUCUAUGUGUGUAAUUAAAUGAGCCCGAAUACAUUAAUACAUACAUGAAUGGGAAAUGAGGUUUUAGGUAUAUGUUUACAGAUUAUUAAACAUUUUAUGGCAUUAAUUCGUUAAAUAUGUGGAGUAUAUUUAUUCCCUCCAUGUACAGUCACUGUUUGUCAGUUAGGUAAAUGCAAACAGCCGAUUCCACAUAUACAUAUUUGGUCUCAAAAUACAUCAUUCAUCGAGUUUGAAAAAUCAUAUGUAGUUUCAGUGUCAUGUUUACUUAAAAUUUCAAGAGCAGUGACGUGUCGACGUACGGAUUCUUGGUAAACGAGAAGAACCGUUUUGUGACGAAAGUGCGGUUGAGCAGAAAGACGGGCAAGCCUAGCGGUGUAUUGUGGGAGAGACAGAAGCUACAGAGCAGGCACACAAUAUGUGUUGGCUCUCGCAGAAAAAGGAGGCAGUAUUCUUCAAGCUUAACCAUGUAAUGUGAGCGGCGUAAGGAAGGCGAUUUUAUAUUUCCACCGAUUCAUGAAAGAAUCCCUCGAUCGGCUGAAUCAUGUCCAAGCCGGGAGAGAGGAACAAAUUGAACGAAGACCAUGGCAGAAAGCAGAGUUCAAGUCUGGCGAACGGCAUGGACACUCAUCCCGGCUGCGGCUCGGCGGAUAAGCGGAAUCACCACUGGAGAAGUUACAAGUUGAUCAUCGACCCGGCGCUGAAGAAAGGAUCGCACAAAGUCUAUCGCUACGAUGGACACACUUUCAGCACGCCUAACCCGGGGAUACCACCGGUGGACCUGGUUCGGGACCCGCGAAUCGGUCGGCUCUGGACCAAGUAUAAGGAAACGGACUUGCCCGUGCCGAAAUUCAAGAUCGACGAGUUCUACAUCGGUUCGGUUCCCCCCAAAGAAGUGACGUUCGCUCGACUCAACGACAACAUCAGGGAAGGAUUUCUUACCGACAUGUGCAAAAAAUUCGGAGACAUCGAGGAGGUGGAGAUUGUUUAUAAUCCGAAGAAUAAAAAGCACUUGGGGAUCGCGAAAGUUGUUUUUGAGAACGUCAAAGCAGCUAAAGUGGCGGUGCAGUCACUGCACAACACGUCUGUUAUGGGAAACAUCAUCCACGUGGAGCUGGACCCAAAAGGUGAGAACCGACUCAGGUACUUCCAGCUUCUGAUGAAUGGCAGCUACACUCCGCGGACCCUCCCUGUUGGUGGUGAGGCACCCCGAGAGGUGUCUCCUCGAAGACUAGCGGAGGCUUUACUGGCGUGCGAGCCCAUCCGCAGAUUGUCUGAGAGCAGUUUGUCUGCCACCGGAGCCGCCGUACCACCCAGCAGUUCCAACACGCCGCUGUCCCUGGAGACCGGCUACUCCAGCAUAAGGCAGGACACCCCACAGUCCCAGGGAACGCCUCACACCCCUCGACAGACUGGAACCCCCUUUUCUCAAGACUCUAACUACUCCAGUCGGCAGUCUACACCCGCGUACCAGUCGAGCCGGCCUGAGAGCUCAGGAUCGUACAAAUCCCGACGCCAUGAGAGCAAGUUUCAGGACGCGUACAACCGAAGACCCGAGCGACCGCAAUACCGCAGCAACAUGUUUCGUGGGACGACGUCAGAGCAGACUGCCUUUAAACAGCAUCAGCUCACACCGCCUGAACCUCCUCCUUCCACACCAUCCUUCAAUUACGCUGCCCCCCCUCCUGCAACGCCAAACUUCAAGUCUGCCUUUUCACCCUACCAACCACCUCUGCCCCCUGCUUUUCCCACUUCGGACCCUGCCUACCAUCAUCCUGCUCAAAGGGAGAGCGAUUACCUCCGGCCACCUCAGCCGCCCCUGGCUGCUGCUCCUGAUUUUAUGCCUCCUAAGGACAGACCAGAGACUCCUCCAAUACCAGAGCCCCCUCCAGAGCCUGUACCACAACCCACUACUCCUCCUCCCCAAACCCCAGAACACUGUCCCUCGCCUGGUUCUCCCACAUUAGAUCCGGAGCGCAAUAGUCUGGAUUCCCGCAUUGAAAUGCUCCUCAAGGAAAAACGAACAAAACUGUUGCCGUUCCUGGCAGAACGAGACUCGGACACAGAGGUACAGAUGGAGGGAAGUCCGAUUUCCUCCUCGUCAUCUCAGCUGUCCCCAGUUCCGCCUUACACAGGUGGGUCACAAGGUAGCUUGCAAAAUUCUCGACCUUCUAGCACUGGUUUGGAAGACAUUAGCCCGACACCACUGCCGGAGUCUGAAGAUGAAGAUCCAGUCCGGGGGACUGCCUCCCUGUUAAAGAGGGUGGGCUCGCCCACUCUUGACAAGAAAAGCAACAGCGACCUCAGAGAUGGACACAAUCAGGUCCACAGUCCCACAGACAAGAUGGAGAUGAGUCAUCAGUCUUCUGGAGAAGACAUGGAAAUUUCUGAGGACGAGAUGCCGGGGACUCCCAUCACCAGCGGGGACUGUAGCAAAGGCAUCGUCGUGAACUCUGCAGUGUCCCCUAUGCAGACCAUGACCCUGACUCAUCCUGGCUACGCCCACCUGGCACACCCGGGCGGCUUCCCACUAUCCCAUCAUCACCUCGCCACACAUUCUGCUGUCCCUGGACAUCCCCACCUGGCAGGCCACCCUGGCGUCCCCCACCACAUGCUGCCACACAUGGGCCACUACCCGCCCAGCAUGAUCCCUAUGGUACAAAUGGACCUCAUGACCUGCCUGCGGUGGGAACAGUGGAGCACAGUCCCCAUGUCAUUUCAGAUGCAGCAGCAGAUGUUGAGUCGCAUGGCUCAGACCAGGGGCCCUUAUCCCUAUCCCCCUUUUAUGGACGGUACUGCAUCAGGUCCAUUUCCCGGGCCUUACCCGCAUAUGUCCAUGGGGGCUUCAGUUGGCACUGGGGUGCCUGGACAACAGUGGCAGCACCCCAGCAUGCCAGAGUUCAACCCUGCAGUUCCCCCACCUGGAUACGACACUAAAAAAGACGACCCUCAUAAAGCCACAGUGGAUGGAGUUCUGCAGGUCAUUGUCCAGGAACUGAAGGCCAUCAUGAAGAGAGACCUCAACAGGAAGAUGGUGGAGGUGGUGGCUUUCAGGGCCUUCGACGAGUGGUGGGAAAAGAAGGAGCACUCUGCAAAGGCGACGCUCACACCAGUGAAAGGUGCCGAAGGGAAGGAUGAAGAAAGGCCCAAACCGAAGGAGACUAUGAGCUGGAGUCUGCUGGAGAACUCGCACAAGGGCGAGAGCCUGGGCUAUGAAGGCAUGGGUCUGGGGAUUGGGCUGCGGGGAGCCAUUCGCUUGCCAUCUUUCAAGGUGAAGAGGAAGGGUCCACCGGAGGCUGCCACACCGGGAGAGAGCAAGCGAGCGCGACCGUCAACACCAGUGGAUGAUGAACUGGAGGACGAAGAUCGGGAUCGGGAUCCAGCUGAGCUGCCUCUUGAUGAUGCCAAGCUGGACAGUGAGGGCGCGCUGGCCAAGCGGCGACACUCGCGGCCUCCUGCGCUGGACAGCGAGGGAGAGGAGGUGGCUGAAGCGUCGGAGAAAGAGGAGUCGUCCUCAUGUGACCGGGAUGAGGAUGCACAGGUAGCGGAGGCGACGGAACGUCUGUCAUCCAGCAAAAGUGACGAUGAUGAUGAUGAUGAGGAGGAAGGUGAGAGAGAGUCAUCGAGCGACAGCGAUUCAUCCGAUUCGUCGGACGAGGCGCGAAGUUCCUCAUCUUCCAGUUCGGACUCCUCGUCGGAGAGCUCAAGCUCCUCGGAGUAUGAGAUGAGCUCGGAUGAUGAAGACAAUGAAGACGAGGAUGCAGCGAGUGGAGAUAAGGUGGCCAAGUCAUCGACGUCGUCCUCUUCUUCCUCGUCUUCUUCUGAUGACGAAGAGGAGACAGCCGCAGAGUCCAGACCCUCCAGUCCUGCUGCUGAGUCAGUUGACACAGAGGACAAGCUGAGCCGCAGACACAGACCUCCGAGUCCUGAGGAGGACCAAGCGGAGGACUUCAUGCCCCCGUCACCUAAAGUCAAAGACCAGGACAUUGGUGUCAUUCCAGUUGUGAAGACAGAACCGCACCUCGCCAGCGUCCGGCCGCCAACCCCAACAGGUGUGCAGCUGGACAGUGACCAGGAAACCAGAAGCAAAGGUAAAGCAGAGCCAGAAGACGUACCUGUCACCCCUGGUCGCUUAGCCCCGUCCCACUUAGAGCCGAAAACGCCAGUUCCCAAAAGUUCCACUGUAAUGCACCUCCCCCUCGGGACACGCCCGGCAUUAGAAGGCCGCUCCCUCCUUCAUCCGCCUCCCGGUCCUCUUCCUGACAUCGUCCAGCGCUCCCGACUCCCCACCGAUGAGGACAUCCCUCGCACACCUGGCAGAGACCUCCUGGAGCGGGCCCGGAGCCUGGGCAAGUCUCAGAGCACGGACACUAUGCCCAUCACACCCGGCGGCGAUGCGCCGCUGUCGGGCAGCAGCCUUUUGCUUAGCUCCCCUCACAUUCCUGGUAGUCCGUUUUCCUACCCCGCUCAGUCUCCUGUUCUUAGUGCUGGAGUCCCCCGAACUCCAGGUCGAGACUUGACUUUCACGCCUGUCUUCCCUGAUCCCGCAGCGCUGGCUCUUAAUAGGAAAGUCUCCUCGGAGAGUCUGGACGAAAGACCACUGUUUAAGGAGCCACCUAUCAGCACCGUGCCUAGUCAGAUCCUGCCGCCCAGCAAGGAGCACACAGCCAGAGGAUCUGAGCUACCCUCUGGGUUAGAGGCGGAAGCGCCGAGGUCACUGGACGGCAUCUCUUCCAAGAAGAAAGCGGGACGAUCCAAAGGCAAAAAGCCGCCGAUCGUCUCCGCCGAGUCUUUGGACAUUAAAGCUGAACCCACAUCCGACAUUACGCACCCGGAUGUGGCCGUUCAGAGGAUGUCUGGUAAGUCUCCGGAUCACUCAGGUUUGGACUUUGGUUCAGUCAAGGAGGAGGCUCAAACAGUCUUGCCCGCUGAAGAUGGCUUCCUGUGCUACGAAGACGAGCCUCCGGCGAAGCCCGCGCGCAGGACGCGGCGCAGCUGGGAGGAGCUGCUGCUGGACAGCCUGUCUCCCGUCACCACGCCGCCACGCUCCUACUUCAGCUCACGGAGCGAGUUCCAGGAGAUGACCAUUCUGUACGACAUCUGGAACGAAGGCAUCGACGAGGAGGACAUCCGCCUCCUCCAGAUCACCUACGACAAAAUGCUGCAGCAGGACAACGGCUACGACUGGCUCAACGACACGCUCUGGGUCAACCAUCCUCCUACCAACACCCCGGCUGUCAAGAAGAAGAGGAGGGAUGAUGGAAUGAGGGAUCACAUGACCGGCUGUGCCAGGAGCGAGGGAUACUACAAAAUCGACAAGAAGGACAAGAUCAAGUAUCUGCAGAGCACCAGGCUGCUGUCGGAGGAGCCGCCAGUCGACACUCAGGGUAUGAGCAUUCCUGCUCAAGUCCAAGUCUCCUCUCGAGCCGGUUCGGAGCGCAGAUCGGAGCAGCGACGCUUGUUGUCCUCGUUCGCCUGCGACAGUGACCUUCUGAAGUUUAACCAGCUGAAGUUCCGAAAGAAGAGGAUUCGAUUCUGCAAGUCGCACAUCCACGACUGGGGUCUGUUCGCCCUGGAGCCCAUCGCUGCCGACGACAUGGUGAUUGAGUAUGUGGGUCAGAACAUCAGACAGGUGAUCGCGGACAUGCGCGAGAAGCGCUACGAGGAGGAGGGCAUCGGCAGCAGCUACAUGUUCCGCGUGGACCACGACACCAUCAUCGACGCCACCAAGUGUGGAAACUUUGCCCGCUUCAUCAACCACAGCUGCAACCCCAACUGUUACGCCAAGGUGAUCACGGUGGAGUCACAGAAGAAGAUCGUCAUCUACUCCCGGCAGCCCAUCAACGUCAACGAGGAAAUCACCUACGACUACAAGUUCCCCAUCGAGGACGAGAAGAUCCCUUGUCUGUGCGGGGCCGAGAACUGCAGGGGGACGUUGAAUUAAGACGCUGUCUCCGACCUGCUCCAGAUUGUUUACGAUUUAUGGUGCUUUCACGACACAUUUCAGCGCUGCUCCCUUCCCAGAACCCGCCUCUCAUUUGGUACAAACGUCAGACUCGCAAAACGAUCCGAGAUUUUGCUGCUUCAUUCGUUCAUGCAAGAGUUUCAGUGUUUUAGAGUGACGUUAAGUAUUUAUCAUUCUCGUUCCUGUGCUGCCCCCUGCAGGCCACAGCCCAUAAGUGCGACCAGUCCGACACAAAAAAACAAAAAAAAGUAUUUGUGUGCCAAAAUGAGAAUUUAAAACGAGAAUUUUAAACAAAGGCUGCCUGCUCCGCCCCUCCCCUCGGGCCUCACGUGACCACGUAUUAUUCCACCAGUGUUUCCCCGCUUGGGUUCGAUCGACUGAGCUCUCGCAAGUAUUAACCUGUUUCUGACUCCUCAUCUUCCUCACCCUCCUCUUCAUCACCGUCAUUUGAUUUCCUCACUGUUGAUAUUGUAAACUUGUACAGCAGAUCUUUUUUAACCUUCACCACAGGGGGAACUCAUUCAACACAUCCGGUCCUUUUUUUAAAAUCCAAGACUGAGUAUUUAAUUGUGUCCAGGGACGCGUCCGAGGACGGUUUAUUUAAAGCUCCACUAUGUACAGGAAGGCCCCGCGUCCCUACCGCAGAUUGUUUCUUGUAGAAACGUCUUGUUGUUUUUCUCUCUGGGUUUUUUCUUGCCUGUUUGCUUUGUAAUGCUAAAAGGUGUAAAUAGUGCAACUGUGAAUAUUCUGAAAAUAUAAAUAUAUAUUUUUGUCCCCUGGUAUUUGCUACUCGAUCACAGAGCUAUGUAAAGUCAUGAAGUGAGCUUUGAGCUUGUAGCAGGAUUAAUCAGCUUGUGUCAAGCUGCCAUCGUUUUUUUUUUUUUUUUUUAUUUCUGUUGUAAAUUCUAUGAAAAGUUGUUUUGCGGUGUGAAGAUGAAAACACAAAAAGGUGCAGAGUCAGCGCAGGAGGAGACCAAAGUCGCCUCCGGACGUCUAUUUAUUACAUGACAAAUGUAUGAAAACUGGAAAUAAAGCAAUUUUGCA